AUGAAAUUCCCGGGCUCCGUCCUCAUCUCCCUCGUCCUCUUCAUGUCCGAGACGGCGGCCGCGCUGUGCCUGAGCGCGGGGUACCACGACACGGGGGACCGCAUGUGGCAGACGCUGACGCUGCUCUUCGCCCUCUUUCCUUGCGCGCUGGUGCAGCUCAGCCUGGUCUUCAUCCACCGCGACGUGAGCCGCGACCGCCCGCUGGUGCUGCUGCUGCACCUGCUGCAGCUGGGGCCGCUCGUCAGGUGUGUGGAAGCCCUUUACAUUUACUUCCGUGCUGGCAGAGUUGAAGAUCCCUAUGUCAGCAUCACAAAGAAGAGGCAGAUGCCCAAGGAUGGGUACUCAGAAGAAGUAGAGAAGGAAGUGGGACAGGCUGAAGGCAAGCUGCGCACACACAGGUCUGCCUUCAGCAGGGCCUCUGUCAUCCAGGCCUUCCUCGGCUCAGCGCCCCAGCUCACGCUCCAGCUCUACAUCUGUGUCCUGCAGCAGGAGGUCACGGUGGCCAGAAGUAUUUUCAUGGUGCUCUCUCUCCUGUCGAUCGUUUACGGCGCCCUACGCUGCAACAUCCUGGCCAUUAAGAUAAAGUACGACGAUUACAAUGUCCGUGUGAAACCUGCUGCCUACCUCUGCAUAUUCAUGUGGAGGAGCUUUGAGAUCGCCACACGAGUCACGGUGCUGGUGCUUUUCGGUUCAGUCCUUCAAAUCUGGGUUUUCCUCGUCGUGCUACUGAAUUUCUUAGGUUUCUUCCUCUACCCCUGGAUUCUCUUCUGGCUUAGCAAGUCGCCGUUUCCUGAGAACAUAGAGAAGGAAUUGAGCAGGUUGGGCACUACCAUCGUCCUGUGCCUUCUCACGUUCCUGUAUGCUGGCAUUAACAUGUUCUGCUGGUCGGCAGCGCAGGUGGAGCUCAGCGACCCCGACCUGAUCAGCAAAUCCCAGAACUGGUACCGCAUGACCGUGUACUACAUCGUGCGGCUGAUGGAGAACGCCUUCCUCCUGCUCAUGUGGUACGUUUACAGAACAGACUUCUACCUCUAUGUCUGUGCCCCAAUGUUGUUCCUGCAGCUCCUGAUAGGUUACUGCAUGGGCAUCUUCUUCAUGUUGGUGUUCUACCAGUUCUGCCACCCGUGCAAAAAACUUUUCUCCUCCAGCAUUACUGAAGCUUUGCUGUCCUGUUUCAAGAUUCUCUACUUUAUUUGCCAGCAUCACAAAUCCACUCUACUGACAGGCAAGGUGAUGAUGAAAUCUCCUGAAAAUACUGAUGAAGCACGGGGCAGUAGCAAGACAAUAGAUUCCCAAAACAGGAAUAUUCAUCAAAGUGUUUCUUCCAAUGCCUAG